UCAGCUGUUUCUGACAGUCUCAUUGAAAUACUCGAACGUUAAACUUGCUGUUAACGAAUUGCGAUUUGUGGUACUGAUAAAAUUUGAUAACAAUGAAGUUGUAUAACUUAUCAUUUAGAUUGCCUUUAUAGCUUUUAAUUGUGGUAUAGUUAGUUAGUGCGAGGUCAAGAUUUCCAUUGACUUAAUAAGACCAUGGCCAAGGAUUCCACCCUUCGUCAACGUUUCAAACCACCCCUUUUGAAGGAUAACUUCAGUGACUAUUCUAAGGUUAAAUCCCACGACAGCAAAUUCGACGAGCCUCCCUUACCCACUUCGUACUUACUGGCCCUAUUAGGACUCUUGUUUGCAGUAUUAAUAACCGUUAUAAUAAUUGAAAAACAAUUACCGCCCGGUAUCAAAAUUGCAGAGGAGCAUAAAUAUCCGGAUAGAUUUAUAUCGGAACGAGCUUACAACCUAUUGAAGAAUUUAACUGCCUUAGGUCCGAGAGUGGCCGGUAGUUAUGCUAACGAAGUAUUAGCUGUAAAUCUCUUGAAGCGGGAGAUCAAGACGAUUAUUGCAAAUGCCAAAGAAAAUAAUGUGAUUCAGUUAGAUGUACAAAUGGCCAGUGGAGCUUUUAAUCUUGCAUUUCUCGAUGGAAUGACAAAUGUCUACAGAAACAUGCAAAAUAUUAUUGUCAGGGUGGGAUCUCGGAUUAACUCGCCGAACAGUUUGCUUUUAAACUGUCACUUUGAUACGGUCUCACAGAGCCCCGGAGGAAGUGAUGAUGGAGCCGGCUGCGCGGUAAUGAUGGAGAUGCUGAGGGUUCUUUCACAGUCUGAAAAAAUUUUACGCCAUAACAUCAUUUUUCUUUUCAACGGAGGCGAGGAAAACUUCAUGCCGGCGUCGCACGGUUUCAUUACACAACAUAAAUGGGCAAAAGAGGUCAGAGCUUUUAUAAACAUCGAAGCCUGCGGCGCCGGUGGGCGCGAGUUACUCUUCCAAGCCGGACCUAACCAUCCUUGGAUUUUGGAAACUUAUUCUGAGGAAGUGCCUUAUCCUUACGCUUCUUCGCUGGCCCAGGAGAUUUUUCAAAGCGGCUUAAUACCUGGCGAUACCGACUUUCGUAUAUUCAGAGACUUCGGGAACGUGUCAGGUUUAGACUUUGCUUGGUCGUCAAACGGCUACGUUUACCACACAAGAUUUGACACGAUCGAUCAGAUACCGUUAGGCACACUGCAAAGAACCGGUGACAACAUAUUGGCGCUGGCGCGAGGUAUGGCGAUGGGCCACCAAUUAAAUGACGUGGAACGUUAUCGCCCCGGAAAUCUGGUCUUUUUCGAUUUUCUGGGCGCUUUUGUUGUGAGAUGGCCCAUGCAUAUUGCCGAUUUUGUCAAUAUCUCCUCUGUUAUUCUCAGUUUCUAUUCGAUUUACGAAAACAUGAAAAAAGCGUAUUCUACGGAUGCAAUAUCAAAUGGCCAAUACGUAAAAAAGGUUGGAGCUUCAAUAGUUGCAAUAUUCAUCACUGGGUUAGCAGCUAUACUGGUGUCGUUCGCUAUAAGUUUUUGCUUAAAUGCGUUGGGGCGUACUAUGAGUUGGUACGCGAGGCCAUUUUGGGUUUUCUUCUUGUAUGUUGUUCCUGUAACGCUAGUUUUAUUCGCAGCAAUGUUUUUUUACGCGCGCAAUUACCAUCGGGAUUUAAAAUCGUCGCCAUGGGUCAAAUUUAGGUUAUUAUAUGAUGCCUACCUGUCAAUAUGGAGCUUUAUGUUGAUUAUUGGAAUCAUAUUCCGCAUCCGUUCCAGUUUUCUGCUACUGUUUUGGACUCUCUUUCCUGCUGUAGGUUCACUGAUAAUGAAGUUUGUGGGAAAUUGGACAGCCUUGAAAUUGUUCCUAUACUACGUAAUUGUUAUGGGACUGCCAUUUGUACAAAGCAUUUAUUUAAUGAUAGGAGCAUUGUACCUCUGCUUUCCUAUUAUGGGACGAGCUGGCGCGGCAUAUAAUUCGGAAUAUUUAAUUGCACUUUUAAUCACUUAUUUUUAUUCCGUACUAAUAAGCUAUCUUGUUCCUCUUAUUAUUCUAGUAAAAAGUGUAGAAAGGGUAUUCAGCUUAUUACUCGGAGCAUUUCUGUUGUCAAUUGCGGUACUUAUUCUUACUCCCCUCGGAUUUCCAUACUCUGGCGAUCCGGCUUCUCCAGCACCACAAAGAUUUAUGAUGGCGCAUGUAAAAAGAACGUUCCAUGAUAUAAGUGGUGAUGUAACCGGUCGAGAAACUGGAUACUGGAUAGCCGAUAUGGAUAUCAACAGCCCAUACAGUGUAGAAAGAUAUGUUCCCGAAGUAAAGGCUGCACGAUUGGUUGAUGAAGAUUGUGUCAAGUACCUUUAUUGUGGGCUACCUUACCUGGUACCUGUACAAAACUUUAUAUUUAAAACACAUUGGAUUCCUGGCCCACCGGUUACAAUUAAAGAGACUAGUAGUCUCACACUAGUAAAGAGAGAGAAAAUUUCCCAUGGCGAAAGGGUUACAGUAUCAAUUACAGGACCAUUCCAUAUGGGAAUAAUGGUUUCUCCAGUGCUAGGCGUUACACUUGAACGUUGGAGCUUAGUGAACGAGAAGCCACUAGCUGCGGCGCCUCUUUGGAAUGGCAGAUUCACGUACUUCAUAUAUUAUUGUUAUGCGGGUGAUUCGGUCCCACUCGUGUUUUCCAUGGAUUUUCAAGUUCCAGGCAAUCAUUCGGGAGCAAUAAUGGACUUUGGUAUAAUUUCACAUUACCAAUUUGAGCAGGUCUCCCCCGUAUUUGACAAUAUGAUUAAGAGGUUCCCUCCUUGGACCGCUAUGACGUAUUGGACAUCGACAGUCGAAACGUGGAUUUUCUAAGUAUGCGCAAUUACACAUAAACUUUCUAGUCUUUUAUGGUGUCUUGUUUGAGUAUAAUGCGGUGAAAACAGCUGUGCUGUGGUUUGGUUUUAAAAGUAUUAUCAUAAUUUUAAACUAUUUUAUAUUUUCAUUGUUUACCUCUUUGGGGAGUGUAAGAUAUUUCCAUUAGAAAUUUAGUUCUACUUAACUACUUAAAACAUUACAGUUAAUGACUAAUA